ACUCUGGCACUUGCGAGCCAUCCCUCUCACUCUGUUUGUUGCGAAGCAAAUUUAGGGUUUAAGGAAAACCAAAAUGGGAGUUUUCACAUUCGUUUGCAGGAGCUCCAGUAACGAGUGGAGCGCCAAGCAGAUCUCAGACGGCAAUAUCGAGGCUUCCGCCUCCUCCACCUUCGAAUUGCAAAGGAAACUCGUCCAGUCCGCUCUCUCCGCUGAUUCAUCCGGCGCCGUCCAGUCCUCUUUCUCAUACGUCACUCCUUCCUCCGCUGUUUUCCAGGUGGUUAUUGGUGGGAGCGCCGGUGGUGCCUUCUUUGGUGGUGGUGGUGGUGGUGCAGUAGCAGCUCCAGCAGGAGGUGCAACAGCUGCAGCUGAAGCACCUGCUGCUGAGGAAAAAAAGAAGGAAGAGGAGCCUGAGAGUGAUGAUGAUAUGGGGUUCUCUCUUUUUGACUAAGCAUAUUCCUAGUUACUAUUUCUUGCGUCUUUCUUCUCAAUGGUUUACACUCAUGUUGCAAAAUUUUACUAGAACUGGUUAAUUGGAUUUAGAUCAGAUUAAUUGUGUUUUUUGAUUGGAUACGGAUUAUAUUCAAUGAGUUCAUAUUUAGCA